AUGACGACCACAACCGUCGCCGCCGCCGCCGCCGCAGCCGCAUCAGUGGCAAAAGGCACCACGCUCUCCACACAGACGAAACAAGAGGCCGCCGACGCACUAGACAUCUACGAUGAGAUCGAGAUCGAAGACAUGACGUUCGACAAGACGCUACAGAUCUACCACUACCCGUGCCCAUGCGGCGAUCGGUUCGAGAUCAAUGUCUCUGAUCUAAGGGAUGGAGAGGACGUCGCGGUGUGUCCGAGUUGCAGUUUGAUGAUCAGGGUCAUCUUUGAUUUGGAUGAUUUGCCGGAGGCGGAGGAGGCGGGGAAAAAAGAAGGCACAUGCAAGGGUCCCGGUAUCAUUGGCCACGCUAUCAUGGAGCAGAGUUUUAGAUCCGUGCACAUGAUAAAAGGAUCAUCAAGCUUGCAAUCAAAGCUGGAUAAAUACCUCGGGUACUGCGGCGACCUGGCCAAGAUGCGAUCUGCAACACAUCAGCUCGAGAGACACUCAGGCUUCCGCAUUGAGCUCGAACACGCAUGGUUGCGAGUGCUCAAGGGACUUCGGUAG